ACUGGCAAAACAACUCCGCAUGUAGCUAACUAGCUUAAGUUUACAACACAAACAAAUGAUUCAGUCGUUUCACUUCUCUGGUAAACCGAAUCCACUUUGCAAAUAACCCGUGCAGCCAGCUUAUAUUCAGACUAAUGCUUUAUUUAAAUUAAACGCGGAUGGAAAUAAAUAACUCUGAAUAGCGCUAGCUGAACAUGCUAACUAGCUAGCCACCAUUAGCUUCCUCCGGCUGUGAUGGCAGCACCGACACCUCUGGUCUCUGCUCAUGUGUGCAGUCAAAAGCAACGCAGGGCUGCUCUGAGGAAAGAGAGAAGGAAACGAAAACGUCAAGCUCUCGCCCAAGUUAGAGGAUGUGGAUUACAGAUUGGAGCAGGCCAUGUACCUGAGGAAGAAGAAAUACACGAUGAGGAUGAUGAGGAUGGAGAUGUUGCAGGGGAGGAAAGACUGCGGAUGCAUGAAGAGUGGUUGGAAAGAGAGAGGCUUGCCCAGGAGGAGUUCAGGCAGAGGGCUGAGAGGGAGGAGGCUGCAAGGAAAAGAAAAGAGGAGGAAGAGCGGAUGAUAAAGGAGGAAUGGGAGGCCCAGCAGAAGAAAGAACAAGAAGAAAAAGAGCAGAAGCAGCAGGACAAGCGAGACAGAGAGGAGGCCGUUCAGAAAAUGUUGGAUGAAGCUGAAAAUCAGCUGGAGAAUGGACAACCGUGGAUGAAUCCUGAGGCUCCUGUGAAGAAGAACUGCGAGAACUUUGGAACAGAGCGCGACGUAGCCAACUGUCCGUUCUUCCUGAAGACCGGGGCAUGUCGAUUCGGAGACAGAUGUUCCCGGAAGCACGUUUAUCCCACAGCCAGCCCAACUCUUAUGAUCCGUGGCAUGUUUACGACAUUUGGCAUGGAGCAGUCGCGACGCGACGAUUACGACGUCGAUGCUUGUUUGGAGCACAGCGAGGAGGAGCUGCAGGAGUAUUUCCUCGAGUUCUACCAAGACGUCCUGCCGGAGUUGAAGAGUGUCGGCAUGGUGGUGCAAUUCAAGGUCAGCUGCAAUUAUGAACCACAUCUCAGAGGAAAUGUUUACAUUCAGUUUGACACGGAGGAGCAGUGUAAAGAGGCCAUUAUCAAGUUCAAUGGGAGGUACUACGCAGGCCGGCAGCUUCAUUGUGAGAUGUGUCCUGUUACACGGUGGAAGAAUGCUAUAUGUGGAUUGUUUGACAGAAAGAAGUGUCCCAAAGGGAAACAUUGCAACUUCCUGCAUGUAUUCCGAAACCCUGGCAAUGAAUUCUGGGAGGCCGACAGGGACCUGCACAUGUCACCAGACCGCAGCGUCAGGGGGAGUCGCAGAGAGGGGUGGCAUUCGGAGCGGCAUUCGGAGUGGCAUUCGGAGCGAUACGUGGACCGAUCGUGGAGGCAGCGUCAGUGCAGCAGAAGCCCGCCGAGAUCCGAGAGAUCACACAGCAGACGGGACAGCGACAGGCGGAGGAGCAGGAGCAGAGAGAGGAGCAGAGAGAGAAGGGCCUCCCACCAGCACAGGGAGGACCAGCGGUCAUCGAGACACAGUGACAGGACAAAAGAUUGGUAUCUGAGCAGGAGUAGAGACAGGUCGAGGAAUAGAAGUAGAGACAGGUCGAGGAGUAGAAGUAGAGAGAUGGAGCAAGACAGGUUGAGAAACAGAAGUAAAGAUAAAGACAGGGACCACAAGCAUAGAAAUAGAAGUGAAGAGAGGGACAGUAGAGACAAAGAUACAGACACCAGAGACAAAGAUACAGACACCAGAGACAAAGAUACAGACACCAGAGACAGGUCAAGAAGCACAAGCAGAGAAAGGAAGAAAGAAAGGAGACCCAAGAAACCAGAUAAAAAUGAGAAACCCCUAAAUGAGGAUACCAACACACGCCGGCGCCACAAACAAUCCAAAAAGAGCAAAAAGAAGAGCAAGAAGAAGCAUAAGAAGAAGAGCCAUUCUCCUGAAGGGACGGCCUCAUCUGGAGAGUCAGAAAAGGAGAAAGAGUCGGAGCAAGAGACGUCGGCUAAUCUCACUGCAACGAGUCCCGCUCAGGAGAUAAAUGAAACGGAGCUCAUUCAGAAAAACAAUGACUCGGACGAGAAUCCGUGUGUUGACAGUGAGAAGUUUAGUCCCGAGGGGGAAAGUGAACAGCCUUAAACAGAAAUACCUAAAGAGCCUGCUGGAAAGGGUGACACGAGAAGGUCUUAGUGGCUCCCACAUUUCAAAAGUUGUGAAUUUGUUCUGGCUUUUCUCCUUUUACGUGUGCAAAUGAGAAGGAGGCAUAAAUAAGAUGUUUUGAGACUUGAUGCAGUAAGAAAUAACCUGUCAACAGUGUGUACAUAUGUGAAUAUUUAGCUUUUGGAAAAUGGUAAACGUUGCUUUAAUAAUUGGACACUUGAUCACUGGAGCUGCGGCACUACAUGGUUAUUGUUGCUGAGUCACAACUAUAUAAAAACAAAAGAUCAACAGAUGGGGUUUCUUUUUUUUUUUGGAUACAUUUAUUGUUAACCAUUUUCAAAUAUAGGAAAAAAAAUGUUGGCAAAUGUGUUGGCAGUGUUGAAUACAAAAAGUGAUCUUUUUUUGCACAAAUCAAAGAUGAACUUGUUACAUAAUUACUUAUGAAUGUUCAACAAAAACACUUUGUGGUUUUAAGAAUGCAGAUAAAAAGUUUGGAUGAGCAUCUAUUCAUCUUCUGUUGGGCUUGUUUUCCUGCAUCCUACUGACAAGUGAACAAGCCGUAAGUGAUGAAUAUUAAUGACGUAUCCUGAUAUGUGCAGUUGAUCUUAGUUUGUUCCGACUCCAUUAAGAAACUGGAGAGAGACCUGUCCUCGAACGGAUAGGAAUAAUCACAUAAUACUGGUAUAUUGUGGCCGAAUAAUCUCCACACACGUUUUGUCAAACAGCCGUCUGGUCUAAAUCCCUUUUCUGCCAUGUUAGCUUUCCAUAGACACCAUUGAGACGGUCAAACACAGUGUUCUUUGGUCAUGUGUUAGUCUUUACGCUAAAGUAUCAUAAUACAUAAAAUAGAGUUUAUUUUAUUUGGAUCACUAUCUAUUCCUGAUUUAAGAGAAACUAACCUAAGAUUUAUCUCCAGAGGCCAUAACGAUCUCAAAUAUUAAAUGUUUUUUUUCAGGAAUAUAAGUCAAUUGACAAAAAAAAAACAAAAAACACCGUGACGAUUUCAACAAACCUGACAACAAAAGGUAAAGAUUUUAGUUAUUGAAAAGGAAAUAUAAAAAGGUUGAUUUCUGGAGGGGAAUUACCAAACAAAGAUUUUGCACAAACCUACGUAACAUAUACGCUGAUAUUGAUCAUGGGUAGUUGUUUAAUUUCACUUAAGUGGUGGGCUGAAUUGACCUGUGUGAUAGUAAUGAUUGUAAACAUGUCAGUGAUUCCCACAACAGCACCAGCUGUAUGUAUCUUAUGUAUUACCGUUACAUCUGAGUCACGACUGAGCAUCGCAUCAGUCCAAGAAUAAAUAUACAAUGACCUUUUGAACAAUAGAAAAAGAAAAGGUCAUUUAGUAAUACUUGUUGCUGUUCUGAAGGUAUUAAUAGAGUCCCACAAAGACCUUUCUAAUUGUCAGGAUAAGAAAAUGUUUCAUCCACA